UUAAAUUCAUACCGAGUGUCGCCAUCCUCUGGCAAUGUUGCCAACAGCUCAUCCAGGGUGUCGUCAUCUGUCAGCGUUGCCAACAGGUCAUCCAGAGUGUCGUCAUCUUCCGUCAGCGUUGCCAACAGUUCAUCUUGUCGUUGUCCAGCUUUGGGUAGUGAGUCUGCGAAUCAUAUGUGUCAAAAAAGGUAUAUUUUUUAUUGCUUCGCUAUGUUUGCUGUAAUAAACGGGUAGGGGUAGAUAUCCAUUACCCGAUGAAAAGGAAGCAUAUUGCGCCAUUUUCGUCAUCGUUGCGGCAUAUCAAACCGCUUCGCUGCAUAUAAAGAGACGUGCAAGCAGGCAGACGGAUCUAACAGCAGGCAACACCCGCACGGCAGUAUUUCCUUCGAGCUACGAUCUUCAGAAGCAGCGUUUGCAAGAUUUUCUUCGAUUUUCCGUCCUUCAAUCGAGCCAUAUUCAAUUUGGAAGACGACCACAGCCUGGCCGCCCUCACUUUCCUCACGGGACAGUCGUCGAACUGUGUCAGGGACCAUUUUUUCUCCAAAUUUCGAGGUUUUCAGGUUUUCGUCACCCCGAGCAGCCAGUAUGUUUCCUCCGAGGUUCGCCGAUGCCCCGCGGGGGCCGUUCCAGCACCGCCAUCCAUUCCCGCUGCACAUGAGGCGUCGAGGCUUCCCACUGAGGGGAAUGCAGCGCGGGCUGCCAUUGCCCCGACCUGUGGUUCCUCCCCAUUCUGCGCCUGGACUGCGCCACCAUUUUCCCCCCUUGAGGUGUCCUCUCGGCAGCGGCGCCAGAAGCCAUGGCUUUCCAGAAUUUGUUCCUUUCUUAGCUUUUGGAAGGUUUCCUCCAUCACAUCCUCACGACCAUAACGCUCCAUUUGGAGGCUGUCCUCCUCCACCACCAUGUGGAAGGUACCCUCCUCCCCCUCCUCCUCCGCCACCAUGUGGAAGGUACCCUCCUCCCCCUCCUCCUCACCACCAAGACGUUCACCUUGUGGACUGCCCACCUCCUCCUCCACCUCCUCCUCCUCACCACCGAGUCGGGUCCUUCGGAAGGCAUCCUCCUCCCCAUCCUCCAUCGCCCCCACGACAGGAUGGCGAAGAGCCUUGUUUGGACUUUGAGGAUCCCUUGGAGCAGCCUGGGGACCGCAAAGAACCGUCCGCCGGGGAAGGGAAGAACCAGGAACACGAGGCAGGAUGUUCAGCCGCCAGUUCCGAUCUCUGGGCGGCCGUUGGGGUCGGAUCAUGGACAGCCGAGGUCGAAGUCGGACCCUUUUUGGCCGGGGAGAUACAGGUGAACAGCAUGGGACGUCUUGGGGUAGAGGUCCACGCUGCGCAUUACCACGGGGACGCGCUCGUCGCCUCCAUAGUGCAGGUGCUGCCUCCGCCGCCGUCUGGCGGGCCUUUCGUGGUGUCUCAUGCCGUGUCCCUACAUGGCUCCGUUCUCCUGACCGCCUGGGCCGACGCCGGUGUUCCUGAACCCGAUGUCGUCCAGACCGACGGCGACGGGACCGCGGCCGAGGCUGGCGGUAACAAAGACGACCCAGAUGACGAUGGUAGACAAGAGAAGAUCGUCGAUAGCAUUUCAGAAAUCGAGAUUGCCUGAAACGAAGACUGGCUGAAGACUGGCGUAUUAAACGAAGAACUUUACCGAAAACUAUUCUAGCAUAUAUUUUUAGAUGUAGUAGAUCCACGUUCCACACUUUGUUUCGUGGAUAGGGUAUUGUAAGGCGUUUUAUGUAACAUCAUAUAAGUAAUCGUGUCAUACUUAUACUUCUAUCUGCAUUGUAGUACAUCAGUACUGCUACAGAGCUAAAUGAUAUAGAUAGGGAUUAAUCGAGAAAAUUUGAUGAUGGGUUCAUAUAUAUAGAUGUAUAUAUGCAUGUGUGUAUAAUAAAGGAUUUAAGUAA